AUGGGUUGCAUGAGGAGUCGUCGACGGGAGGCCGAGGUUCGUCCCGAGGCGAAAUGGGACUAUAUUAGUCUCAAUGACUUCAAGUCAACUAACUGUUUCACGCCCUUGGCGUAUGGCUAUCUCUGGUUCUCUCUUCUGUUGUCGAUUGCCGUGUACAGUGUCGAUACCUUCACAGCCAUCCAGCUCCUCGUCUUCAACAAAUGGAGUUCCGAGAUCGAGCCUACCCAGCUCAUCCCCUUCGAUGUCUCGAAAUGGAUCUUCUCUAUCUGUAUCAUUCUUUCGUUUGUCAACCUCGGAUUCGAGCAUGUCCGUGCCCAGCGCAUCAUGAGGAGGGGAAGUGUCGCCGAAAGCUAUCUCGACAACUUGACGAUUAAGCUUCAGAGUAUUCGGCUUGGGAAAGGCCAGGGCUGGAAGCGAUUCCUGGUCUUUGCUGAGCUGACCAAGAACAAGAAGGGCGCCGAGUACGUCGCUCUCUUCAGUUACUACAGUUUCCAAUCUUGGAUCCGUGUUAUUCUCUGCUCUGGCCCUCGACAGGCCGUUAAUGCUAUGACACUCUUGUCUGUUUACAACGCCAAAAUCGCCGCCUCUGGAGACUCGUUUGAGAGUUCUCUCAUGGAUUUCUUUGACAAGAUUGGAGUUCUCGCACGAGAAGAUGGCUACCAACAGGCCCUCAUUCUGUCUGGCAUGUGCUUCACUCUGGUCAUUUGGGUAUUCUCGGCUCUGUCGCUCUUGCUUGCUGCGUUGUUCUGGGUAUUCUAUCUAUCGUGCGCCAUUCCGAGAACUGAUGGUGGACUUUCGGGCUACUGCGAGCGAAAGGUUAACAAGAGGCUCAUGAAGAUUGUGUCUGUCAAGGUCAACAAGGCAAUCGCGGAGCAGGAACGACAGAGGAUGAAGGCCGAGCUAAAGGCUGCGAAGAAGGCCGAAACGACCAAUGCUUAA